AUGGAGAUCAUGGGAAGAGUUUUUGGGAUUGUUCUGCUACUCGUGGUGGCCUUUGGUGCUUGUCUGGCUGACGUGAGAAGUGAAGACAGCGUGAAGAGAGUAGAUGGCACUGGCCGGUUCGUUAAUUCUACAGCUACAACUCCUGACGAAAUAAGAGUUGAGCAGAAUAUGAACGUGAGCAAUACCGGUGGAAGAGGAGGUAAAGGCAGACACGAAGGACGGGGGAGAAUAAAUAAUGGCGGAAGUCGAGGAGGCGGAGGGGGCGGUGGAGGAGGGGGAGGAGGUGGCAGUGGUGGGGGCGGCGGAGGAGGAGGAAACGGGAAAGGUCAUGGGUGGGGGGGAGGAAAUGGUACUGGUGGAGGGGGAGGAGGCGGCGGCGGGGGCGGUGGUGGAGGAGGGGGUGGGGGUGGCGGACGGGUUGGGGAGGCGGUGGUAAUUGGAAUAUUGGGUGUUGGGUUUGGGGAUGUGGAGAUGAGAAGAAAUCAGAAGGAAGAAGCAGCAGCGGCAAGCUUCCCUCACCUUGACAUGCAUGGCGCUCUUGGUUAG